AUGGCCUACCGCCACCACCCCAGUUUCGGUCAUGAAGAAAAGCCUGACUCUAGGCUCAAACAUCCUCAGCAGGACGUGUGGUUCGGCGUGUUGGGAAUCGAUAGCGGCGGGUACAUUGUCGCUUCUACUAGGUCAGACGGGAGAAUCGACCAACCCCUCCCCGACUUCCCCGGCGUGUUCUCUCCUGAAGUUGAGCCCCCGCAAGGACUUCUUGACAUUCAGAUCACCACACGCCUCAGAGUCCCCACGAACGUUCCCAAUCCCUGUACCCACGACGCCGACCCCUCCGCCUUCGCCCUCCCCAGAAAUCACCCCACCUUCACCCGCGCCCGCCACCCCGUCCAGCCUCCGCGGGCGCCCACUCCGCCUCCACCAGCCGGCGCGCAAACGCGACGAUCCCGACGGAAGCACACCGCGGACAGCGACGACGAGGAGUGGGAGGCCAAGCGUCCGCAGACGGCGCUGACGGACGUCGACACGAACUUCGUCGUCGAGCUCGAAGGCGGGCCGUCUCGCGUGCCUGACGCGCCGAAUGGUCCGUACAUCCCGGUGAUCACUGCGGAUGACUGGGAGGGGUUCGGGGAGGACGAAGAGAAGGAGAACGGGAUCGAUGAGCAGAUGGAUGCGAGCGAGGUGGAUGAGCAGGCGGAUGAUAGCGAAUUCGAGUACGGGGAGCCUGAUCCCGCCGACAAGAAGGGAAAGGGAGUGGCGCGCGGAGUGCGCGCGCUGCCGCAGCCACACGCGCGUUCAAGGGUAAAGGAAAGGUCACAAACACCGCAGCGAAAGUGGUGGCUCAUACACGCAUCAGAACAAAAAGAGUCGCAAGACGCACACGAUCUGCCGCGACUGUGCCGUGGGGAUGAUGUAGAGUGCCCCUUCUACGGAUGUAACUUCGUCAACUCCGUCAAGAACAUGGUCGACGUGCGCAAGCACCUCGCCUCGCACUACGGCGCGAAGGAGGGCAUGAGGGCGCCGCCAACGAUCCAGCAGUCGGCGCUGAGCGCUCCCUCCCAGAAGAAGUCCAAGAAGACGAAGAAGGGGGACGCGAAGAAGGAUGCGCCGGCACCAAAACCACUCUGGCCGUGCAAACUCGAGGGCUGCCAGCGUCAGUCGAGGCCCUACUCGGGCUACGAGAGCUUGCGGCGGCACCACGAGGAGGUCCACCUCAAGUGGAUGUUCUUGUGCCCAGUCCAGGGCUGUUCCGUCACCUGUACCCGCGAGGAUACCCUGAGGCGACAUGUCCUUCUAAUCCACAAGGAACUAACCCCGGAGGGGGAGAACCCGGAGUCGCCCGAGGACGAAGACGAGAAUCUCACUGCGGGGAAGAAGACGCCGCGCCGCACCGGGCCGUCGAAGAAGUGA